ACCUGAACUGAAAUCAAGAGUGGGACGCUCAAUCGGCUGAGCCAGCCAGGAGCCCCUCGACAGAUAUUUCUUGGGCCCCACCACUAUAUGGCUCACCCUGCACCACUAGAUGCUGAGCGUGUGGACAUGAAGACAGAUCGCUGCCUCUAGCUUAGUCUCCAGGGAGAGCUGGCAUUGACAGAGAAACUGGGGGAACCACCUGGACAGCAGUACAAAGAAAAGAGAAUGCAGGACCAUUUAGGGGGUUGAUAGUGGUUCAGUGUUGUUGAGGUGUGAAGUGUAAGGGAGCAAGGGCUGGAGAGAGAGUUGAUACCUUCAAUCUGAUCCUACACACUGGAGCAGGUUGGAGUGUUCGAUUGCUCUGGAGGCAGUGGUUGGAGGGAUCACAGCUAACCCAGAGACCAGUGCCCCUUGAGAGAUGAUGUCAGCCUGAGAUGGGGAAAUCAAGGCCCCAAGAAGGAAAGGAUAUAGGUUCCGAGCAAAAGAGGGGAGCCAGAGCCAAGACAGUAUUGACCUGCUUCCUCCUGGUACAUGUGAAGAUUUCUUGGCAGCUUAGUGUGGAAACCGUUGAUCACCUUGCCCUCAUUUCUACCUGUUCCGUGUCAGCAAGAGAGCGUGCCCAAAUGAGCAAGAUAGCACAGCAGAACAGCACUCCUGGAAUAAGUGUUAUUCAUACUCAGGCUCAUGCCAGCGGCUUACAGCAGGUUCCUCAGCUGGUGCCUGCCGGCUCUGGGGGAGGGGGCAAAGCCGCGCCUCCGAGCAAGCAAAGCAAAAAGAGCUCGCCCAUGGAUCGAAACAGUGAUGAGUAUCGGCAGCGCAGAGAGAGGAACAACAUGGCUGUGAAAAAGAGCCGGUUGAAAAGCAAGCAGAAGGCACAGGAUACACUGCAGAGGGUGAAUCAGCUCAAAGAAGAGAAUGAACGGUUGGAAGCAAAAAUUAAAUUGCUGACUAAGGAAUUAAGCGUACUGAAAGACUUGUUUCUUGAGCACGCACACAACCUUGCAGAUAACGUGCAACCCGGUGGCACUGAAAAUACAACAACAACUCCUGAUAAUGCAGGACAGUAGACCUCAACCCUUCCAAGUUCACGGUUUGUGGCUUGAACGUUAAAGGUGUGACUACCUACACCACUCGUAUCAAUGGCCGAACGUUGUCUUGUUCCAUUAUUCAAAGAUCCAUUGAAGGUUGUUUUCUAGGAUCAGCACUGAAGAGUUGAUUAGCUAAAAAUGUUAGCCAUGUAAUUUGAAUAUCUAGUUUUAAAUGAUACGGAUUUUUUUGUGGGGAUAAAACAAAGUUUUAAGGUAUAUGGUAAAAAAAAAAAAAAAAAAAAUCCUGGACCUCGAUGUUCUUAAUAAAUCCUCACUUCCCAAGAAAUGCUUCUUUUCUAGGUUGAUAAAAGGAACAGGGAACCGGCAGGUCCUGCAGGAGGUUCUUGGUUUUAUUGGAGAUGGUUAAUUGGACUAAGAAAGUUGAAUGCCAUUUGGUUGAUCUAUUUGUGAUUUUUUUUUUUUUUCUAAAUUAUGUACUAAAAUUCCUUAGGGCUAUAGAAAUCAAUCACUUUGUGAUUUGGAGUGAUUCUAUGUAUAGCAUAACCCUUGUUUUAGCAGAAUUAGUAUUGUUUCCCCAACAAGUACAAGUUUCUGAAUAGCAAUGCCAUGUUAAAUAAGCCCCAUUGUGUUUUAAAGGCAGUAUACAGCCAGUUGGCUUAAAAAUACAAAUAAUUAGGAGGUGAAUAGGUUUUUUAAAAAUAAGAGUAAAGCAUAUUAGAAUUAUGCUUUUGGGACACCUUUGGGUCAUUGGAUUGGUGUUAUUUUGUUUUCUAACAACAACAAUAAACCAAAAGACAGCUCUGGUUUAGAGAAACUUGUGCACCAAAAUUUUUGUUUCUGUAGAUGCUAGUCAAGUAAGCAUUUUUAAGUUACCAUUUUGACAGCCAGGUUAGUAGACAGAAUGCCUUGUUUACCGAUUGAGAUUUAGGUAGUUUCUUCUAUGUCCAAAUAUCUGCAAUGGGGCCAUGAUUUUUAAAGGCAGAAAUGUCUUGGUAAGGAUCAUUUGGCAUUUGAUCCUAACCAGGUGAUUAUCAGAAAAAUACAUCAUCAACUCUAGGCCAUCUCCCCAAAUAGUAUAGUCUAAGAAAACUUGAAAAUGUAAGGUUUAACCUUUAAUUUAUUUCACAUAAAUACAUCUUUUUAUAUUGUUCUUGUGACAUUUCUUUUUCUAGUUAGUGGGCUAUUCUAGACUUUUUGUACCACUGCUUCUGUUUGUUUAUUUGUAUGCUUUGUGUCCCAUAAAUUAUUUUAGAAAGAAAAUACUGAUAAAACUCAGGAUAUUGACAUUUUUGUCGAGACUAAAAAAUGGCGAUUACUAAAGUUGGGGAAUCUUUAGAGUUUGGUUUGUAUCAGUGUUGGUAGUUUUGAUCGUCCGUGUUGAUUUCUCUUCUUUUUUCUUUCUUUUUUUUUUAGCACAAUUCUAGCUCAGAUUUGUUGGUGUGUGUGUGUGUCGGUGUGUGUGUGUCAGUAUCAGUCUAGGCUGGUGACAAGAGUCUGAGUCACCUCUGAGUCACCUCUGGUUAAAACAUUUGUGUUACCAGGUAUCUCAUUUGAACAUGGUCACCUUUUGGCCACAUUGUUGUUUUGCGCUAGGACUUGGAACAGUUUAACCAGGAUGUAACUCAGGUCGCACCCUUAGGUUGGUCUGUGCUCUUUUGGGCAGGCGAAGAUAGCAUGGUGACCUGCGAUUCAACGGAGCCAUCACUGUGUCCAUGGAGCCUCUUCCGCAUGUGACUAGGACCCAGUGCUGUUCCAGGAGAGCCACCGUCCCCGGAGGCUUCACUCCCUGGACAGCCAGGAGACAGGAUCGGGGUUUCUAUUAGGGUCCAACCCCAAUGUACUUUGGCUGGAGUAUCAGUGUACUUACAGGUUGAUGGAUUUUUUUUUUUUUUUUUUGCCUAACUAGGAGAUAGCCCCAGAAUCCUACUGAAUCUUUAAUAGCUGACCCAUGUUCUAUAAUUAACCUUAUUAGAGGUACAGUUAGGCCACUUGAAUCUUUAAGCACCUAGAAAGGUGUUACAUUAAAUCUCUUGUUUACUAAAAACUGUGUUUCAGAAGUUGAUGUCCCUAUGGAAUUUAUGGUUACCAAUUAUAUGGAUUGAGUUAACUUGGAAAAAGAAGUUGUAGGGAAAUCAUCAGGGGUGUGCACCUGAUAUUUCAAAUCAGAACACAAGAUUGAAACUUUUGGAAAAAUUGACUCAAGCUUUCCUGUUACCUAUGCAAACAAGAACUUUAGCACAAACAGUCAUUUAUUCGUAGAACAAAAAUGUUAACCGUUGUCUUGACUGUCUUACUGAAGUGUUUGGGAUUGAAAGUUUUUAGUUUGAUAGAUUCCUUAGUGUAAAAUUGAGGGAAACCAAGUAUGGGGAAUGGGUACGUUUAGAGCUUUGGAAAUUGUAAAAUGACUUUUGUAACUUUUGUUCUGUAGGCUACAUAUGAACCGUUAGGAUUUGAUCUGCCUUUGCAGGCGGGUCCAGUGGUUUAGGAAUUAGGCUUUCGUGUAAAUUUCUAGCUGCGUCUGAGUCUCCGGAGAUAGGCGCUCUCUGGCCGGUGUUGGCUGCAGGUGGGGAGAUCGGAGCUCUUCUGCUGUCUGGCCCCUUUCAGUUAUUGGGAUGUGAGCUUAGAUACUUAGGAUUCUUACUAAGAAGUGGUAAGACGUUAACAGCAUAUGACCAGAUUUUUGAAAUUCGGGUCAUGAGUGUGAAAUUCUGAAAUUUACGUUUAAAAAAAGGUAGUAUGUGCAAUUUAAUAAUUGGUAUUAAAAGAAAUCAGCUUUUGAUGUUUCUUAAUCCUCAUUAGAGGCUUGAAACUUUGUACCUGAACCACCCAGUUAGCACUCAGAGUGCUUUUUGAUGCCUUAGAAAUAGGAAGCAAUUUUUUGUUUGACAAAAGCUAGGGAGGAGAAAGUUCAUUCUAUAGCUGUUAGAUCUGCCUCUCAGGAAAAAGCCCUUAACUUGUUCUUUUGUUCCUGGCUUUCCUCAGUUUGUGAGAUUACUCUAUUUUUUUAAAUAUAAUUUUAUUUCUUUCAAUGAAUAUGAAAUAAAAACACACUUUGGAAUAA